CGCAGAGCUCUUCAAAGCAGAAGGUCGCGCUUGGAGGAAGUGGCGGCUUUGGGUCCCGUGGCCGCCGCGCCGUUACUACUUCUCGGAAGCUCCGCUCGGCCGUUUGCCGAGACACCCCGCCGCCAAGAUGCCUCGAAUUAUGAUCAAGGGGGGCGUGUGGAGGAAUACCGAGGAUGAAAUUCUGAAAGCAGCGGUGAUGAAAUAUGGGAAAAACCAGUGGUCUAGGAUUGCCUCACUGCUGCAUAGAAAGUCAGCAAAGCAGUGCAAAGCCAGAUGGUAUGAGUGGCUGGAUCCAAGCAUUAAGAAAACAGAAUGGUCCAGAGAAGAAGAGGAAAAACUCCUGCACUUGGCCAAGUUGAUGCCGACUCAGUGGAGGACCAUUGCUCCAAUCAUUGGCAGAACAGCCGCCCAGUGUUUGGAACACUAUGAAUUUCUUCUGGAUAAAGCUGCCCAGAGAGACAAUGAAGAGGAAACAACAGAUGAUCCACGAAAGCUUAAGCCUGGAGAAAUAGAUCCAAAUCCAGAAACAAAGCCAGCACGGCCUGAUCCGAUUGACAUGGAUGAGGAUGAAUUGGAGAUGCUUUCUGAAGCUAGAGCCCGCCUGGCUAAUACUCAGGGAAAGAAAGCCAAGAGGAAAGCAAGAGAGAAACAGCUGGAAGAAGCAAGGCGUCUUGCUGCCCUCCAAAAGAGACGAGAACUUCGAGCAGCCGGCAUAGAAAUUCAGAAGAAAAGAAAAAAGAAAAGAGGAGUUGAUUAUAAUGCUGAAAUUCCGUUUGAAAAAAAGCCUGCUCUAGGUUUUUAUGAUACUUCUGAGGAAAACUACCAGACUCUUGAUGCUGAUUUCAGAAAGCUAAGACAACAGGAUCUUGAUGGGGAGCUGAGAUCUGAAAAAGAAGGACGAGAUAGAAAAAAAGACAAGCAGCAUUUGAAAAGGAAAAAAGAAUCUGAUUUACCAUCAGCUAUUCUUCAAACUAGUGGUGUUUCUGAAUUUACUAAAAAGAGGAGCAAACUAGUACUUCCUGCCCCUCAGAUUUCAGAUGCAGAACUCCAAGAAGUUGUAAAAGUAGGCCAAGCGAGUGAAAUUGCACGUCAGACUGCCGAGGAGUCUGGCAUAACAAACUCCGCUUCCAGCACUCUCUUGUCUGAGUACAAUGUCACCAACAACAGCAUUGCUCUGAGAACACCACGGACACCAGCUUCCCAGGACAGAAUUCUGCAGGAAGCCCAAAACCUCAUGGCUCUGACCAACGUGGACACCCCAUUAAAAGGUGGACUCAACACCCCUUUGCACGAGAGCGACUUCUCAGGUGUGACACCACAGCGGCAGGUUGUACAGACUCCAAACACAGUCCUUUCUACCCCGUUCAGGACUCCUUCUCAUGGAUCUGAAGGGCUGACUCCCCGGAGUGGGACAACUCCCAAACCAGUUAUUAACGCCACCCCAGGUAGAACUCCUCUUCGAGACAAGUUGAACAUUAAUCCUGAGGAUGGAAUGGCAGACUACAGUGAUCCCUCUUAUGUGAAGCAGAUGGAAAGAGAAUCUCGUGAACACCUCCGUUUAGGAUUGUUGGGUCUUCCUGCUCCUAAGAAUGACUUUGAAAUUGUUCUACCAGAAAAUGCCGAGAAGGAACUGGAAGAGCGUGAAAUAGAUGAUACUUACAUUGAAGAUGCUGCUGAUGUGGAUGCACGGAAGCAGGCCAUACGAGAUGCAGAGCGUGUAAAGGAAAUGAAACGAAUGCACAAAGCUGUCCAGAAGGAUCUGCCAAGACCAUCAGAAGUAAAUGAAACAAUUCUGAGACCCUUAAAUGUAGAACCACCUCUAACAGAUUUACAGAAAAGUGAAGAACUGAUCAAAAAGGAAAUGAUCACGAUGCUUCAUUAUGACCUUCUACAUCACCCUUAUGAGCCAUCUGGAAAUAAAAAAGGAAAAACUGUAGGAUUUGGUACCAAUAAUGCAGAGCACAUUGCCUAUCUGGAACAUAACCCUUAUGAAAAAUUCUCCAAGGAAGAGCUGAAAAAGGCUCAGGAUGUUCUGGUACAGGAGAUGGAAGUGGUCAAACAAGGUAUGAGCCACGGAGAACUCUCAAGUGAAGCUUAUAACCAGGUGUGGGAAGAGUGCUACAGUCAAGUUUUGUAUCUUCCUGGGCAGAGCCGCUACACCCGGGCCAACCUUGCUAGCAAAAAGGACAGAAUCGAGUCGCUGGAAAAGAGGCUUGAGAUAAACAGGGGUCACAUGACGACAGAAGCCAAGAGAGCUGCGAAGAUGGAAAAGAAGAUGAAAAUCCUGCUUGGGGGUUACCAGUCUCGUGCGAUGGGGCUCAUGAAGCAGCUGAAUGACUUGUGGGACCAGAUUGAGCAGGCUUACUUGGAGUUACGCACUUUUGAAGAACUCAAGAAACAUGAAGAUUCUGCUAUUCCCCGGAGGCUAGAGUGUCUAAAAGAAGAUGUUCAGCGACAGCAGGAAAGAGAAAAGGAACUUCAGCAUAGAUAUGCUGAUUUGCUGUUGGAGAAGGAGACUUUAAAGGCCAAAUUCUGAAGCAUAUUCCCUCACAACUGAAUUAAUGACUGGUGUUCAGACCCUGGAAGGCUGAAACUGCUGUUUAUCUUCAUUGACAAAUUUGGCAACCAUCUGUGGUUUUUCAAUUGUUUAUUUUAAAUGAUACCAAUCUUACGCAUUUAUGUGUAAAGACUUUAAUUCCACAGGACAUUUUAGGGUUUAAAUUAUUAAGACGAUCAUUCUUUUAGCAGUGUCUUAUUUGCAAAUUUUUUUAGUUUUGGCCUUUAAUUUUAAAAGCCUGAUUUUAAAGUGCUGCCUGUGAGUAAACUCUUGAAUAAAAACAAAAUAUAAAAAGUUGAGAAUGUAGCCUUUUGUUUGAAAUAGAUACUUACAGUGCCCACAAAGCAGCAGAUAAUGAGUAACUCUUGGAUAAUAAAAAUGGCAAUCCAGUAUCUUAAUUUAAAUCCUUAAGAGGCAAUCCUUUUGUGGCUUUGUUAGUUUUGACCAUUUUUGCAUAGGAUGAUCAUUUCUCUAUACACUGGCAAGAAAGGUUAACUUUUUAAUACCUCAGUUUUGUUUUUUUUCCCCAGUAUAACAAUCAGCAGGUCUCCUCUCUGCCCAGCUACUUACACAGAUAGGACUGGAUUAGGACUCAAAAGGUUUAAUUUUUCUUGACUUGUUAUUUUCUUGUAAAUAGUUUUUUGACAAAGGCAUUUUAAAGAUUAAUUCCAACCAUACUACCAAAUUUUAUUAAAGCUCAAUGUUUAUCUUAACAAGUCAAUCACACAAGUGUAGAAUUUGGGGAGUGUGUAGAGGUGGAAAGAUCUAACUAUAAUAAUUCAUAUGAAAUCAUUAUUUGGCUACAAGUUCAAAAUAAGCUAGUGAUAUCUUGGACUCACCAAAAAAGUUUGCUUAAUCUUAGACUGCUAGGGAUUAAAGGGAGCAAAUGAGGGAUUCAUUCAUUCAUCAGAUAUUGUUAACUGUCUAGCCAGUGUCUGAGUCCUGGAGAUAGCAACUAAAAUAGACAGCCUUCUGGUUUUAUGGAGUUUACAGUCUGUUGAGAAUGACUGACAGUGAAAAUUCAGGGAAGAAGAAUGACUCUUCUUACACACCGGGACUUAUUUAAGUUUUAGAGAUGACAUGUUAUUAAGACAAGGUUCUUGCUCUCACAGAGGUGUCGUUAAUGGCAAUAAGUACCAAACAGGGGCAGGUAUUAAAUUAUGAACUUUAGAUUCAGUGGAGAGAGUUAAAAUAGGGUGAUGGGACAUAGUGACUGACUGACUACUCUAGGUUGGAAGAUCAAAUUAGCUGUAUUUGGCAUCUUAAAAGGAGCCAUCUUUGUGAGGUUCCAGGGAACAGCAAUACCAGCAGAGUAAAGCGCUAGCACAAAGCGCAUUUGGUGUAUUUGAGGAGCAGAAAGGAAGACAGUGUGACGAGUGUUAACAAUGGCAUUUGUAUGGGAUACCUGGCUGGAUAGGGCCAUAUAGGAGGCAAUGGUAAGGAACUUGGAUCUUAUUCUGUGAUGAGAAGCUAUGAGAAGAUUCUGUGCAACGUAAUGACACAAUCAGAUUUAUCCUGUGCAUAUACGGUAUGUCUCACCAGGCUGGAGAUAAGGAAGCUGGUUAAACAUGGGAGCCUGGUGCAGUAAUCGAGGCAAACAACAAUAAUGACUCAGACUAGGGUGGAGCCAGUCUUGAUGGAGACAGGUUGGAAGAAUUUGAGCAGUAAUGAUUCUAUAGUCUUUAUAAAUAUAUUUGUAUUUUCCUCAUAUCUAGUCACUUUUUUUACUUUUUUAGUCACCUCAUAUUCUAGUACUUUUUUCAGUAACUUCACAUGGUUUUUUUAAGGAAAUAUUUUGACAUCCUGUGUGGAUAAUGAUAAUGUUGUUUCUUCUAAUAGUUUUAAUUUUUAUUGCACGUUUUGGUGGCUGAAAUGUUCAAUAAUCAUGAUGAUGAUGGUGGUAGACAUUCUUAUUAUAUUUCUGGUUUUAAUGGGUAUGUCCAUAGUGUUUUACCUUUAGGUUGGCUGUUUUGAGUCAGAUAUUAUUUUCUUUAGAAAGGAAAUACCCUCUUUUUAGAUUUUAAAGAAUUAGAAAUAGCUCUGAAAUUUUGUCAAAUACACAUUUUUGGUAUGUCUUAAGAUGAUCAUACAGUUUUUUUUUUUUCCAUUUGAUUUGUUGAUGAUGCUUUGAUAGAUUUUCUAACCAUCUUUGAGCUCCUGGAAUUAGGUCAGUUAAGUAAAGAAGAUUUUUUAAAAAAAAUAUUAGUUUACUUAUGUGAGCUUGAGUUAUGUGGUUUAAAAAUAACUGAUCAAAUAAUAUUGAUAGUUACUUUGUUCUCAAAAUUUGAAGUAAUGCACAUACUUGUACCCUAAAAAGUGACCAAGAAUUGCAUCAUUUCAAAGCUGGCAGUUUGGCUCUGUCAACUGCUCGUGAUGUUGACCCUUAGUAGUGCAGCUUUCGCUGUUAAUAAUAAGCAGAUGUGCCGUUGUCUUUUGUCCGUGUCCUGUAAUGCCUGGGAUUCUUUACCAGCAUCUUCUGAGGGCAAUGUUGGGUGGCUGUUUUAACAUUCACUUUCACUGUAUUCUCUUAAACAUGCGUUCAUUCUGUGGUGGUGUUAAAACUAGUGAUCAAAAGCAUGUUCAAGUUUCAGUAACUUUGGGACAGAAAUUAAAGUGAUGAAGACCCAAAAGAAACCACCACUAUGAAUAGUGAGAGCCCUCUUUGAAAUAUUAGAAAUAAUGGUGAGAAAAGAAAAAGCAGUCUUGAAGAAAAAAGUACACUACAGUGAUUGUAGACUUAAACUCUCCAACCAUGCAUCCUCUUAUCUUUAUGUUAGUUUCUCUGGGAAGACUAGUUUUGAAAUAUGGGAUGUCCUUCAGAAUUAAUUUCUUCUAAAAUGUGACUGCCCUAUUGCUACUAUAGAAUUUGAUUGGCUAAUAUUUUAUUUAGGAAAAUUGCCUUUUUACAUGAGAGUUUGGGGCUUUUGGGCUAGCGUCUAGGUUUUGAGUUAGGCAUUUUGCUAGCUCUAUGAAGUGAAUAGGAUACCUGUGUAUAUUUCACUGUAUGUUAAGCAGUUACAUUAUAGCAUGAGAGUGAUUUGUUUCAUGAAAAAUUGAAGAAUUGUGCUUAUAAAACUUCUGAGUUCAGACUCUUUAGGAAAUAAAUUCUUGAUAACUCCAGUUUCUUUUGUGGCUAUUUGUAUGUUUUUAAAAUUUAAAAAGUUUUUUGUUUUAAAAUGUAUUUCUUCUUCUGCGUUUAUUAUCUACUAAAUUUAAGUAAUUUAUACUUUUCCAGAAAACUUUUCAUUUUGUUGAAAUUUAACACAUUCGAUACUUUUAAUAGAGAAUAAAAGUCUCUUUUCUAUUAAACUUGAUACUUGUAAGAAAUUUAUGUUUUCUUAGUUUUACCAUUUUCUUUUCCUUGAUUAGACUUUCUAAAGGUAUCUUUUUUCUCUUAAAAAAGAAGACUGGAUUUGUUUAUCAAUUAUGGCUUUGUUUUAAAAUGUACUACUUUCUCAUUUUGUGUUUAUUAUUUCCUUUGUUUGCUCUAGAUUUUUUUCCUAUAACUUUUUAAAUCUGAUACUUUUUUGUUUAUAUACAAUUGAAUAUGUUCAAGGCUUUUCCUUAUCUCCAAUUUCAAGUAUGUUCACAUCCCAGCUAUAAUAAUGUGUCUUGUUUUCUAAGUAGUUUAUCUUUGUGUUUUGGUUUAAUAGCUAAGAAUAUUUUAAAAUUUCUGUGUGAUUUGCCUUUAAAAAAAUUUUUUUUUUUUUGCUACUUGUAAAAUAUUUACCUUGACAGUAAAUAUGGCUUAUUUGGUUUCUUUUUUUAAGAAUUUAUUGAGGUUCGGGGGCCUAGCAUUUUUAAAGAGUGUUCUGUGGGUGUCUUGAAUGAAAGUUUAUUCAAUUUGUGUGUGACAGAGGUGAAUGUGUAUCUGUUCAACCACUUUAAUUCAAUUUUCAUUUUAUUUUUUUAAUAAAUGACCAUAGACUAAUAA